AUGGGUCCUCAACGGGAACAUCAACCAAAUUACAGGAGCUUCUCUCUCUUUCUCUGGAAUUGUUUGUUAUCCUAUUUUUCUUUCAAGAAUCUUGAUGAAAUAGAAAGCAACAUUGUCAGGUGUCCAGAUCCUGAAUACGCAGAGAAGAUGAUUGCUGCUGUUGAUGCCAUUCGAGUAAAAGGGGAUUCCAUCGGUGGAGUGGUCACAUGCAUUGUGAGGAAUGCCCCAUGUGGGCUUGGUUCGCCAGUAUUUGACAAACUUGAAGCCGAGUUUGCUAAAGCUCUCUUGUCACUCCCUGCGUCAAAGGGCUUUGAAGUUGGCAGUGUUGGCACUUUUUUGACUGGCCAGGUGGAACAUAAUGAUGAAAUUUUAACUUUGAACGAAACAUGGAAAGAUUAGGACAAGAAGAAUCGUUCUGGUGGAUACAGGUGUGGUGUCGGAAUUUCCAAUGGUGAAAUUAUAAAAAUGAGAGUCGCUUUCAAGCCAACAGCUACAAUAUCAAAGAAGCAAAAUACAGUGACAAGAGAUAGAAUGGAGAUAGAACUAAUUGCUUGCGGUCGCCAUGAUCCUUGUGUUGUCCCACGAGCGGUACCUAUGGUAGAAGCCAUGGUUGCUCUGGUUCUCGUGGACCAGUUGAUGGCACAUCAUGCACAGUGUGGUCUGUUUCCUAUCAACCCAAUGCUACAAGAGCCCUUGAACGAGGCAAGUAUCGAGCCAGACAACAUGGCCCUUUGAAAGGCAACUAUGUGGCUGUAAUACAUUGUUUCUUUCUAUAUUUAUAGCUUUCCUGAAGACUGUGAUCAAUUUUCCCCUAUGAGAAUGAUUGGAUUGCAAAUUUACAAGCUCAAGGCCAGCCUAUUAUUUUUUUAAAAUUCCCCUUUCUUUACUGCUUUAUUGUAAUUUCUGAAAUUGUAGGGUUUAGUAUUUGUGUUUUGCUAUUCUUGCAAUGUAAACAGAUAGUCACUAUUUAUUUAUAAAUAAACGUAGUCCAACUUUGCA